GAUUAAUCUACUCAAAUACAAGUCUAACUUUAGACCCGUUGCUGCGCUUGGCGUUGCUGCCCCGAUUAAAUUGUCUGUAAAUCAAAAUUUGUCCAAUAAAUUUCCCAUUUUUAUUGGCAAACAAGUUGCAGGAAAAUUCGAGAUCAUAAUGACAAUGUCGUAGAUGUUGUCAGUCAUUGUUGUUUAACUUACUGGGUGGUGUGCAGGCACUUCAUUGUGCAAUCAGGACUUACUUGGAGAAGCUAGUUGUGUGAGUUUUAUCAGAGAUGCUUGGAACACUCCGUACAAGACGUCGUAAUCGGUAUGGAGUGCACUUGUGUGCAGUUGCAUCAGCUAUGCUCCUCCUCUUUUCAGUCACUCUUCUCUACAAUCGCCUCACAGCAAACCGGAGGGGUCCUUUCCUGAAUGAUGGAGUUGCAGUCUUUGACGAUCUUUUUGCUGUUGAGGAUCCACUACUUCAAGACUCUGAUCCUGACCUAAGAGCCACUUUGUCAGAUGACCGAAUUGAUGAGCUUGAUGUCAUCGAUGAUGACUCCAAGGUUUCCAAUGAGGAGGAAAUCCUGAGGGUUUUAGAAUCUGAAGGGGAGGAAAAUGAGCAUACUACGAUUUCAUCUACUGUAUCUUCUGGUUACUUCUUUGAUCACGCAUCUCAUGUUAUUCGUCGUACAUUUGAUGGAAAGUCUAUUGAUGAGUUUGACCAGUGGGAGGCUCAUGCAACGAUGUUUGAGGCUGGGAUUGCUUCUGAGGAAAAGCUGAGCAAGGUUGCAUUUGGUUCAGAUGAUAUGCCUGUAGAUGAGGAGGUGAGAAGGAAGGUGGUAAAGGUUAAUAAAAUUGAGGAUGUGCUUCUAUUAAAGUUGGAUUCACAUGGUUCACCGCUGAGGGAGGGUUGGGCAGCUUGGUUCGAUGCCAAGAGUGUUUUUCUGAGAAAAGAUAGGAUGUUCAGGUCCAGCUUGGAGUUGUUGAAUCCUGUGAACAAUAUGCACUUGCAGGACCCUGAUGGGUUUGGUGUAACUGGACUUACAAGAGGAGAUAAGCUUGUGCUGAAGGAAUAUCUCCACAGAUUGAAAAAAAAGAAGCCCUUGGGUGGUUCAAAUAUUGAAUCAAAGGAAGCUGAUGCUGACCACUCAGCUAAAAUGCAUAGUAGUGUGAAUCAUGCUAGUAUAUGACGAUCCCAAAUGGACCUGUUUUAAGGAAGGAGUUAUCUAGAAGGAACUUUGGCUCAAGCUUUAUAAAUCAGUUUCAAGGUAUGGCUGAUGGGUCUCAGCUUUAUCAUGGAUUUAUUAUUAUUCUACAGAGUAAAAUAGAAUGCAUUGGGUAUAUCAUUUAUUUUUAACCGCGUCUUAUUUGUGGAAUAACACUGAUUUUAAGUGUGGAAGACAAGUAACUAAGUAAGGAUUUGAGCAUAGUAUGCUAGCUGAAAUUUUACAAGAAGAGACUGACCCUGAGUUCUGCUGGAAUAGUCAGUUGAAAGUUACUGAAACGGUUGGGAGGCAAUAUGGAACUGUAUUUGGCCUGUCUUUACUCAUGAGUUUCAUGACUGGGGGCGAGUGAAGGACCUAACUAUUUUAGCCCCCUUCUCUGGUUCCCCCCAAUCCAUGUGUUGUAUGCAGUUAUGAGUUAUGGCACUGUCUAUAUGUUAGGUUGUUUUUUGGAAUUGUGGAAUACUUCCCCAUCUUCUUCAUGGCAAUUUAUCAAAAAAAUUAUUAUUUUUAGAUUGCCUGAUACAAUUUGUUAAAUUAGUACUUGUACUUGGUAGACUCACUUGGUAAUUUGUGUGUAGUUUUCUGAGAUGAAGUGCCUGGCAAAGGAUGAUGCUACCAAUAUGGUAAGAUGUUUGAUAUGAAUUUGGAUAUUGAACCCUAGCAAUUUAAUUAAGUUUGUGAUUUGGAAAACGUUCUGUUACACUUCCAUACAUUCUUGAAGGAAUAAUCAUGACCCAUCUUAAGUCAAGAUUACUCUCAAAUUCGGGAAUGAACAAGUGAAAAUAGUGAAUGCUGUAUGAAUUUUUUUUAGUGUGGGGCUAAUGUAUUCAUUCUACCUAUGGUGAACAUCCAUAUUAAAUGUUUACCCUGGCCCCUUUUUUAUUUUAUACCUAAACUUUAAGUACUCAAUUUUUUUACCAUCUAUUCUUGAAUCUCUGCUCCUAGGCAUAUUACAAAA